AUGCGCGGUGUCGUCGGACACACCAAGGAAGAGAUGAUGAUGAGGGAAAGGAUGAUGCGCAUGACCGAGGAGGAAAGGACUCGCCUGAAGGAGCACUAUCUCAGAAUCUUCAGGAGAGAGUAUGACAACGCUAAGACCAUCUACGAGAAGGUGCUCUGCCUCAAAUGGCUGGCCAACGCCGGAAUCGACCUGUCUGCUUACGAACUCGAGAAGAUCAUUGUGAACAAGCGCGAAGAACUGCCUGUGCGCAUGGAGGCCAUUGAUGCCCUCCGCCUUCUCAGAGAAGUGAUGCCACGCAAGAUCCAGUCCAUUCUGAUGCCGAUCUACAAGAACCGCCAUGAGGAGCCAGAACUGAGAAUGGCAGCUCUCGUCCGCAUCAUGCACACCCUUCCACACCAGCCAAUCAUUGUCCAGAUCAUCCACACCAUGGAGCGCGAGCCGAACCACCAGGUAGCUAUGUUCACCUACGACCUGCUCCACUCCUUCAUGCACACCACCCACACCUGCUACAAGAAGCUGGCAAUGGAGAUCCGACCUCUGCUGGAGAUGACCCGAUAUGUGCGCGGAGAGCGCCUGCUCACCAGCACCUACAGAUACAUGCCCAUGUUCACUGAGGAUGUGAUGAGCGGCAUCAACAUGGACUUCGCCACGAUCUUCGGAAAGAACUCUGUCUGGCCAAAGGAAGUCAUGAUGUCACUCGACACCGUCUUCAACGGAAUGUGGAACAAGUACCUCUUCCAGCUCGGAUUCUCACAGCAAAACAUCGAGAAACUGAUUGAGAAGAUCACCAACAAACUUGUCAGAAUGGAGAGAGAAGAAGUCGACACCGUUGUUCGCGGACGCCGCAUCCGCGAAUCCAUGGACAUCCUGAAGGAGAUCGCGAAGAAGCUGAACAUCCGUCCUCGUGUCGUCGACACCCGCACUCCUCACGUCAUGCUCUACCUCCGCUACAAAGACAUGGACUAUGCGGUCCUGCCCAUCAACGAGGAGAUGAUUGACAAUCUUCUAGAGAAAUUCAUCAGGUAUGGAAGGUUUGAGACCGAAGAACUCAAACGCCUCUUCAAUCGCGAUCCGGAGUUCAAGCUGCACACCUUCACGUUCCUCUUCGAGACCAUCAAGAAGAUCCCCACCACCAUUGGUCUUCCACUCAUCACCAAGGUCAAGAUGCCAACUGUGUUCUCAGCCGAAGGAGAGUUCAGAAUCGAGAUGGUGAACAACGGUCUCAAGGUCUUCCUCGACACCGAGCCAAUGCUGACCACCACGAAGGUG